UAGAAAAAUCGCGGGAGGUAAUUGAUAAAUUGCUACACUCGGAACUUACGCUAUUGUGCUCUCAAAGGUCAAAGGAAACACUCGUCUUGUAUAUUAAAUGUAAAGAUUUCAUGAAUUAAAAUGUCUGAAAAACUUUACGUUUCCGAGGUACGCGCGACCUAUCAACAUUUUUCGUGGAUAGAUUAUUCUGUGUUUGUUAUAAUGUUAGCUAUUUGUGGUGGUGUCGGUAUCUAUUUUGGUUUUAUCAAUAAACAAAAAUCAACACAAGACUAUUUAAUGGGCGGCAGAAAUAUGUCUCUUCUUCCGGUAUGUUUUUCCCUAGUAGCAAGCUUUGUUUCAGGAAUAUCCCUUUUGGGCAUCCCGACAGAACUUUACGUAUUCGGUACUUCCUACGUUUUCAAUAUCAUUGGUGCCAUAGUUAUGUCAAUAAUUAUAAGCCAUACAUUUAUUCCGGUACUGCACGAAUUAAAUUUAACAUCAGCUUACGAAUAUUUGGAAUUACGCUACGAUAAGAGGAUAAGGGUUUUUGGAUCAGUUCUCUUCAGCGUUUAUUUGAUGGCUUGGCUCCCAAUUGUUAUUUAUGUUCCUGCAUUGGCGUUUAAUCAAGUGACUGGUGUAAAUAUACAUGUAGUAUCCCCGAUCGUAUGCCUCGUUUGCAUUUUUUAUACAUCAGUGGGGGGCUUAAAAGCGGUGGUUUGGACGGACGUUUUUCAAACUAUAGUAAUGAUUGGAGCAAUGUUUUUAGUCAUUAUUAAGGGAACAAUAAAGGUUGGCGGUUUUGAGGAAGUAUUGAAAAGAAAUUGGGAUAGUGGAAGAAUAGAACAUCCUCCUUUCAGCUUUGAUUUAACAGAAAGACAUUCAUUUUACGCCGUCACCAUUGGAUCUUCUUUUUAUUGGAUUGGAAAUAUAGCAGUCAACCAAUCGAUGAUGCAAAGAUUUUUAUCAUUGCCCGAUGUGAGAUCAUCCAAAAAGGCGGUGUGGGGAUUCCUAUUUGGAGUUUUUCUAAUAUUAAUUUUGUGUGGAUACAGUGGUUUAUUGGCAUAUGCUCGUUAUUAUGACUGUGAUCCACUGAAUUCAAAACUCGCUUUAGCGAAAGACCAAUUAUUGCCGUUGUUAGUGAUGGAUAUUUUGGGGGAUUGGAAUGGUGUACCAGGAGUAUUCGUUGCUGGAGUAUUUAGUGCUGCUCUUAGCUCUUUAUCAACGGGACUUAACUCGAUGGCUGCUGUAGUCCUGGAAGAUUUUUGGAAACCAUUUUUUAAAGAUUUAAAUCAAAGGCAUACGCAAAUAUUAAUACGAUCAGUUGUUGUGGUAUUAGGAUGUAUAUGUGUUGGCUUAGUGUUCGUUGUAGAAAUGCUAGGCUCAGUUUUACAAUUGACAAUAAGCUUAUCAUCGGCUUCUAUGGGACCACUUGCCGGGAUAUUUCUAAUGGGGCUCUUUCUACCAUUUAUAGAUGGAACCAGUGCGCUUACUGGUGGAUUUAUUGGUUUGACGUCUGCUUGGUGGGUCGCGGCGCAGGCGCAGCUUGCUCAAGUUCAAUCAUUACUAAUAUUUAAAGAGAAGGACAGAUAUACGUACAACUGCACGUAUGACUUCGAUUUAUCACCCUCCAUUUCAGACCAAGACAGUGGAGUGCCGUACCUUUAUCGCAUAUCUUAUUUAUGGUUUACGGCUUUUGGAUGUACCAUCACAGUUUUAGUAGCAUGCCUAGUUAGCCUGAGGCCCAAGGAAAGAGUUUCUGUUGAGGCGAAGUUAUUUGCACCAUUUUUGAGGCAUUGGAUAUCGGGGAAGAUGAGAGUAGAUGAAUUGGAUAUGAAGCGGUGAGCUAAGAGAUAAUUUAAAUAAACAUUUUA